GAAUCUCAACAUGGUAGCGGGAACAUCAACAACAACUUGAAGAAACAACAACAACAACAACAACUGAGAAGAUUUGGAAGAAGAAGAUGGAAGGAGUAGAAACAGGGUCACAUGAAAGGAAUGAACUUGUUCGAGCUAGACAUGAUGUUUCUGAAACUGGGUCUAAACCCUUAAAGAAUUUGAAUGGUCAAAUCUGUCAAAUAUGCGGUGAUACUGUUGGAUUAACAGCCACCGGCGAAGUCUUUGUUGCUUGUCACGAGUGUUCCUUCCCACUUUGUUAUCCUUGUUAUGAAUACGAAUGGAAAAAUGUGAUCCAAUCAUGUCCACAAUGCAAGACUAGAUUCAAAAGUCACAAAGAUGAUCCUCGAGUGAAAGGAGGUGAUGAUGAAGAUGAUGUCGACGAUUUAAGGAAUGAGGUCAAGUAUGGUCAAGGAAAUAAUGCUAAGGCAGGAUGGCAAUGGGAUGAAGAUGCUGACCUCUCUUCAUCUUCUGGACAUGAUUCUCAAUUACAAAAUCCCCAUCUCACAAAUGGACAACUGAUGUCUGGCGACAUUCCAUGUGCUACUUCUGAUACUCAAUCUGUGCAAACUACAUCAGGUCCUUUGGGUCAAUCCGAAAAUGUUCACUCACGUGCCUAUGUUGAUCCAAAGCAACCAGGUCUUGAGAGUGACGAGGAGAUCAGAAGAGUGCCAGAUAUGGGAGGUGAAUCUGCCGGAACAUCAGCCUCUCGUAAAGGCACUGGUUCAACUGCUGGUCCUGAACGUGUUCAGGGGGCUGGAGAGGGUCAAAAGAAGAGAGGUAGAAGCCCAGCCGACAAAGAAAGCAAACGGCUAAAGAGGCUACUGAGGAACAGAGUUUCAGCUCAGCAAGCAAGGGAGAGGAAAAAGGCAUACUUGAGUGACUUGGAAACAAGAGUCAAUGACUUAGAGAAGAAGAAUUCAGAGCUUAAAGAAAAACUUUCAACUUUGCAGAAUGAAAAUCAAAUGCUGAGACAAAUAUUGAAGAACACAACAGCAAGCAGGAGAGGAAGCAAUGGUGGUUCCAACACUGCUGAAUGAAAUUAAUGACAAUCAAAACUUAGAGUAAAUUAAAAAAAAGUGAAUAAAAAAAAAAGAGAUGUUAAAAAUUAGUUUUGAUGAUUCUUUCUAGGUGUGCAUUUGGAAUUUCUUGAAGGAUGAACGCAAAACAUGUUUUAUCCUAAAACACCCUGUGUUUUGAUACGUGAAGCACUAACAUGAAAACGGGACAUGUGAUUGACGACUUUGACACGCAGACGCUAGUGAUGUGAAAAAACAUAAGUAUUUAAUGUAAUCUCAUGUAUCAGUGUUUUACUCUAGACACAUUCAAUCUGAAGUGUUAGUGCUACAAAUGUAAACUUUCUCCAUUCGAAUUUAGGUAGUAUGGAGGUGAGUUGCUGUCGGUUUUUGUAAUAAUUUCAUCAAGGAACCCAUUUGUUGAGGAUAUAAAGGGUAACUGAUGAACCAUUUGUGAAGUUAUAUCAUACUAAUGAAUUUGAUUGAUUGUCUUAAA